CAUCUGCACUGUUUUCACUUGGACAGUCCAAGAUGAUGGAAUCGACGUCUGGUAAUCAUUGCUGAAUUGGCGCAGAACUGCAUUAUUUGUUUACAAGAAGAUGGAGAGCCGAAACUAGCCUACAUUUUCCAUCCUACGGCGUCUUUAGACAGCAUCUCCGCAUCAUGAUAGACGAGCGCAUCAUCUGGAGGAACUUUUUCACGCCCACACCUGAAGAUUUGCCUAAACUUUUGCUAAAUAGGUCAACCGAGGAAACGAUUUGGACCACCACCGCGGCGCACAUAGGACGUCCGGACCCCAGACUGCCGAGUUUAUCCACAUAUCUUGGACUUUUUGUGUGUUUACUGCUCGUUCUUCUGGCCCUAGUGAUUGUGAUGCUUUACCGGAUGAAACACACAAUCGCCCCGCUACCGUCAGAUGUGGAAAGCGCGGGGCAAACGGAGAUGUUUCCUGAGGAUGGGAGCGAGGGAUCCAGCCAUUCUGCUGACUGAUCUCAUCCACCCUUCAAUUGCCAGCAACGUGUUUGGAAGGUCUGUUUUUUGUGUGUGUUAGAGAGA